AUGGCCUCAAAGCAACAAAGUCUAGAGCUGAUGGGCGGAAGGGGCAGGAGAGCAAAGCAGCUGGGAACGCUGGCUCAAGGUGUGAGCUGCAAAGCCUUACAGAAGCUCUUCAAAAUGAAUUCCUCUCCUUCAUCAUUGAGGAGAAUCCUGGAGACCCUCCGGAACCAGCCGGGUCCUCUUCAGACCUCACUGAAAAAAUGUGUGUUUGAGGAGUUGUAUCGGUUUGGAUUCUUGUUGGAAUUGCUGGGAGAGGUCGGAGCUGAUAUUGCCCUGUCCAUAUCGAUUGCCCACAUUAAGAUGUUCCCAGCGGAUAUGAUGGACACUCUGAGAAAGAUGAUUAUUCAGGAUCCUGUUCAUUUUCUCUUGCUGUCUAAAACUAAACAGGAGCUGCUGGUGGACAAAAUAUUACAGGGGAUGGGCAUGCACACAGGGGUUUACACAGAGGAGGAGUUCCUUUCACUGGGUGUUAUGGCAACAUUUGUGGUGGAGGAGGUGUUUGCACAGCUGGAUCGCAGCUUCUUCAUGAACAAUCUGGAGUUCCUUCGUGGGUUCUGCUACAGAGCCAACAAAUGGGACAUUGUGGCUCGCAUCCUGCAAGAACCUGCCACUUUUGGGCCUGUCGAGAGAUGGAACCAGGUGACCCUCAGUCAGGUGGACCGCUUACUCUUCUUCCUACCCUUUGACAAGCUGCAAAAGAUUUCCACGACACUGAUGACCGUGGGGCGUAUGGAGAGGCUGUUCCUGAGCCAGCAUGAGUGGGAGCACGGACCCGUGGGCAUGCACUGUGUAGACGAGCACGAGAGGAACACCUUCUUUGAAAAGCAGCAGUUUGUUCUUCAGUUUUUCUUGGGCUUCCUCAAAGUGGCUCUUUCCUCAAGUGAGCAUCACCGUGCCUCUGAAAUCACGAAAUGGGAAAAACAAAGUGCCCAUGAAUGCCAGUCAUGUAAAAAUGAUGGUUUAAUUCAGCAUUAG